CAUUGGGCCACUGACCCAUGUCUAUCGAAUUUGAGGAAACGAGAAUCAGUCUCCCCUGACCUUCAGGCUCCAACUGCAAGUGCAAACCCCGAGCAGGCGAAACAGGGCAACGCAGGUCUCAGACCCACUCUUGGCAGCCGGCUGGUUUUUGCGAGCGAGGAAGAGCGCAAGGAGGAAGUACAGAAGAAAGAUGAGGUGGGGCUUCGCCGGCGGUGGAAGUACCGGCGGUUUGAUUAAGAAUGCGUUGGUUAGGUACUUCUCGAAAGAGCGCGCCGUCAACGUGAGGAAGAUAAACCCUAAGGUCCCUUUCCCGGAAGCUUUUGCGAUUUCUGAGUCACUGUACAACAUCAUCAAGCAGAAUGGCCCUCUCACCGUCCCCAAUACAUGGAACUUCGCUAAGCUAUUCGUCUGCAUCCGGUGGAACCACGAUCUUGUUUGUUCUGCUGAUUUCGUUUGGCAUUUCACUGAGAUAUUCAUGGAAGCUAAUAUAAGUGGAUUGAACAGCAAAACGCACAUGAAAAUCAUGCUGAAGUGGAUGAGGGGACGAAAGAUGUUGAAGCUGCUGUGCACCCAGGUUGGAUCCAACAAGAAGUUUAUGCACUGCACUCUACCUGAAGAACCGCAAAGUAAUCCGACUCCCGAUUCGGAUGGUUUGAGCCUUAGCACCAAGAAGCCCAUCGUCAGGAAGCAGAAAAAGAAGCGCAUCUAGAUUGCAUUUGCACCAGCUCGAGGCCACCCCCAUUUCUUCUCGCGGCUUGGAUGCAGAUGCUUUGGUCAUUGUUGGUUUGAACUGCCGCUCCCCGAUUUUGGCAGGGAAGGGCCAUGUCCAGUCCUCCUUGGUGGUAAAUUGGCUGCAAAUUCCCCGCCUUGAGAAUCUACUAGUAGUAUAAACAUCAUAUAAUAAGCACUUAUUUAUGACAAUGUAGGGCGUGGAUAUGUGUUGGGAUAUUUUGGUUAUGGUAGCAGUGUUUUAGUUGGGGUUGGAUUGCUUGGCCAGUAGGUCUGAUGUUUCUCAUAUUUUAUAUGGUUGUAUCCCGUCCCCAUUGGAGUGGGUUUUUAGUUCAUUAGCUGCUAGUAGGGCAUGUGAAAAUAUUAGUUGCACAAGGAAGGGAAAAUAUGAGAUGCUGUUGUCGAAUUACCAGAGCUAAACUGUCCCUUUUUCUUGAAAUGCUUUUGUUUUUGUGAAGAGAUGAAUAAACAAUUGCUCUAGGAAAAGCCCCUCUGCUUCUUUUUAAUAUAGUUUCGCAGCGACUUCCGGCCAGUCACAGGAUUUAUUUCCCUUGUUACAGCACUCGUCGACAGUAUCGUGGCCUCUCCUCCGCCUCGUAGUUCUGCGGUGUUGUCAAACUGUGCCUGCUGCUGACUUUGCCUCUCAGAGUCGUGACUCUUUCUCUUUUUCGUCGCUGCUUGAGACUGGUGGGUGGUGAGCCAACCUCCAGUACUCCUCUAUCAUCUCUCAAAUUAUAAAUUCAUACCAUCUUUCGGUUACGCCAGCAAUUGCGAGAGCACCGAGAUCCCAAAUUCAGUUUUGCCUCUCUGCUUCCAUAUCCACAGUCAGUUGCUGGUUUGCAGUAUAUCCGAUCAAUGAGUUCCGAGAGUGUUAAAGAGGAUUGCCUUGCAUGGGCAGCCAGAGAUCCGUCUGGAGUUCUAUCCCCCUACAAGUUCAGCCGUAGGUCAAUCAGGGAGGAUGAUAUUUCCCUCAGAAUAACUCACUGUGGAGUAUGCUAUGCUGAUGUCGUCUGGACUAGGAAUAAACACCAUGAUUCUAAGUAUCCAUUGGUGCCAGGGCACGAAAUUGUUGGAAUUGUCCAAGAGGUUGGUCCCAAUGUGAGCCAUGUCAAACCUGGUGAUCAUGUUGGAGUAGGCACUUAUGUUAACUCUUGCAGGGAGUGUGACUCUUGCAAUGACAGAGAUGAAGUCAGCUGUGCUAAAGGAUCUGUAUUCACCUUUAAUGGUGUUGAUUCCGAUGGUACAAUCACCAAAGGAGGAUAUUCAAGCUACAUUGUGGUGCACCAAAGAUACUGCUACAGAAUACCAGACGGCUAUCCUUUGGAAUGUGCUGCUCCUUUGCUUUGUGCUGGAGUUACUGUUUACAAUCCCAUGAUUCGUCAUAAAAUGAAUGAGCCUGGUAAAUCCUUGGGAGUCAUUGGGCUUGGUGGUCUUGGCCACAUGGCUGUAAAGUUUGGGAAGGCUUUUGGCCUGAAUGUCACAAUUUUCAGCACAAGUGAGUCAAAGAAAGAGGAAGCCUUGAGCGUGCUUGGUGCAGACAGGUUUGUUGUCUCCUCGGACGGAGAGCAGAUGAAGGCCUUAUCUAAAUCUCUGGACUUCAUAAUCGACACUGCAUCUGGUGAUCACCCAUUCGAUCCGUACAUGUCUAUUCUGAAGACUGGGGGUGUUCUUGUCCUUGUGGGCUUCCCAAGUGAAGUGAAAUUUAGUCCAGCAAGCCUCAUACUUGGUACAAGAACUGUAGCUGGUAGUGUAACUGGUGGAACGAGAGUGACACAGGAGAUGCUGGAGUUUUGUGCUGAACAUAAAAUUUACCCCAAAACAGAGGUGAUUCCAAUCCAGUAUGUCAAUGAAGCGCUGGAGAGGCUGAUAAAGAGAGAUGUGAAGUACCGGUUUGUGAUAGAUAUCGCGAACUCGUUGAAGUAAUCACCAUGAAGAAGAGGAAAUUUGAAAGACAUAAACAGAAGGAAUAAUAAGGGCCAGUCCCAGAGAGAUUUCACCUUAUGUUGUGUGGUAAAGUCAAUUAUCUUAUGGGGAACAAACAGGUCUUCUCUUUUUACAGACUUUUAAAGUACAAAUAACAGAUAGGUCUGCAGUUGGUGCGUUUAAGUUAUACACAGACAUCCAAUGUUUGCCUUCUCCCUCCUCUUCCUCUCAGUAUCAACCCCAGAGGAGUUAUAUAUGUUUUUAGUUUGAUUGAAUUGGAUGCAGGGAAUGUACAGAUACAUUGGCUGGUAAGCGAAUUUCGGCUGUCAUCUUAUCUGAUCUCAAUUCAUAACUGCCAUGUAUUCUGCUGACUUCUGUUGGUUUCUGUGGGGGGCGGAGCUAUUUUGUGUUGUGCU